AUGGCGCUCUGGACGUGGCUAAAGGAUGUGAUCGGCGUGGGUGCGCUGCCCAGCCCGCCGUACUCGCCCGCGCAGCUCUACUCGGUGGUGCUGGCGUCAUUCAAGGCGUGGCCUUUCCUGAUCCCGGUGCUCUCGCUCAUCAACGCGCCGCACGGCCGCUUCGCCUUUGACAGCCUGCUCAACAUCAACGGUAACCUGGGCUGGUUCCUCAUGGAGAUCCCCUCGCCCAUCUUUGUGCUGCUCGGUGCGCUCUCCCAGCCGCUCUCCGGUCGCGUGGUCAAGGGCACACACGGAUGGCUGCCGCCUCUCUCGGCGCUCUUCUCGCCCUCGAUCGAGCGAUUCCUCGCGCUGCCGUCGCCGAACCAGGUGCUGGUCGCGCUGUUCCUCGUGCACUAUACGCAUCGUGCGGUGUUGCAGCCGCUGCGGUCGCCGAAGAGGUCGCCGCUGCACAUCUCGGUGCCACUGUCGGCGAUCACGUUCAACCUGAUCAAUGGAUUUGUGAUGGGCAGCUGGGUCGGUGGGCGCACUCCUUGGGCGGCUCUGCCACAGCCGGCUCUUGUGUCCGCAGCCACCGCCGCGUUGGGCGCCAAGGCUGGAGGCAUCGCGAGCAAGUUUGCCGCGUCGGAAAUCGUCCGUAGGCUGAUCGUCGCCGAUGCACCCGAUGCGCUGGGCUUGGGUGCGCCGGGACUCAUCUCGACCGACGUGUGGAAGCAGCCGCUGUGGUACCUCGGUCUCGCUGGCUGGGCCAUCGGAUUCGCCGGCAACGUGUACCACGACGAGAUCCUCAUGGACAUUCGCCGACCCAACAACAACGCAUCCAAGGCGCAAGACUCUACCAGCGUCGGCAAAGGUGCUUCGGCGCGCAAGUACUCGAUCCCGCGUGGAGGCCUGUUCGAGUACAUCAGUUUCCCCAACUAUCUGUGCGAAUGGUUCGAAUGGUUCGCGUUUGCAUGGGCGGCGCUGUAUUCGCUGCCGAUCUUUGCGCAUCUCACCGCCAAGGACGUCGUGGCAACCGCGCUGUCGACGCCGCCGUUCCUGUUUCCAUUUGUGCUGGUGUGCCUCAUGGCUCCGCGCGCCACCAACGGGCACAAGUGGUACAAGAAGACGUUUGGCGACAAGUUCCCGCGCACCCGCAAGGCCAUCGUGCCGUUCGUCUUCUAA